AUGUCAUUAAUCAUUCAUAAACAAGCCGAAUUUUCCACACUUUCUUUAGCUGAAAAAAACUUAAGCAACCCCUUUUACACUGCAGCACUGUUAUUGUCAGUUGUCAGCGUAAUGCAUACCUUUGAAGGCCAUUUUAAUGACGCAAAUAUGAGAACUAGUGACAUGACAUUACAUCAUCAAAUGAUCGAGUUUCGUAUUCAAGCGAAACAUCGUAGAGUUUAUCACGAUUUAAACUAA